AUGCGCUGGUCAAAAUACUCAUUAAUUACCUCUGUAGUGGCAAUUGUUGCCGCUGCUACUGAGUAUAAUGGCCUCUCUCGCCGCCCAUCGAAUGGAGAUAUUCGAUGGGACCUAGACGCCGACAAAAUUGAGGCUCUUUCUGUGAAAAUGAUACAGGAGGAAGUCGAUUUUGUCAAGUCUAUGCUUGCAGUGGAGAAUCCGACUGUUGAUAAUGUCUUGAUCCCAACCAUCGACAGGGACAAUCAUUUGUCGUCGAAGAUCAACGAGAUCGACUUUUACCAAUACAUUGCAAAUGACGAAGUUACCCGCACGGUAGCUUCUCAAUUCAAACAAAAAUUGAAGAAAAGUGACCUUGAAUUCGGCGUGACAGAAGAUCUCAAUAAGCCGUAUCGAGUAUUGUUGGAAAAACUCAGAAGCGGUGAAGAGCCUGCAACUGACCCAGAGUACAUGAAAUACUUGGAGGACAUGAUGAAAGACGCCAACCGCACGGCUAUGUCGGUCGAGGAUUUCUCGCUUGCAGCUAAUAUUCUGGACGAAAUCGAUGCCUUAGAAAUUGAGUUCAACAAAAACGUCAAUAAUUUGCAAGGCGACAUCAUUCUCAGCGCCAAAGAGCUUGAGGGGGUACCUCAAAGUUCCAUUGACGUAUUCCAGAAGGCUUAUGAUGAACAUUAUCGAGUUAAGUUGGAUGCGUCGCAGAUCUUUCAAAUUCUCAGAUAUGCUCGGAACAAUACCGUACGGAAGACAGUCAGUCUUGCUUUUUACGAUCAAGCACCCGAAAACGAAGAAGUUUUGAAGAAGAUAGUCAAGUUGAGAUAUGAGCAUGCCAAGUUGUACGGCUAUAACACCCAUGCUGAAUACGUGCUUAGAAACCGUAUGGCAAAAACACAGAAGACCGUUAUCGACUUCAUGUAUGACGUCGAGGACAAGAUCAAGCCGGUAGCCGAAAAAGAAAUUGCCCAUUUGCUUGAACUCAAAAACGCAGACUUACGCGAACAGGGUUUACCCGAAGAGCCUGAGUUAUACAAUUGGGACUACGACUACUACCACACCGCAAUGUUGCAAAAGGAGUUUCAAGUAGACCAAGUCGCACUAGCAGAAUACUUCCCAACGAAGAAAAUUGUUCCCAAGCUUCUCCGUCUCUUUGAGAAAUUGUACGACGUCGCUGUUGUUCAACUCACUCCGGAAUUCGACGAUGCAUGGCAUCCAGAUGUGAUGCAAUUUGCCGUGUAUCAAUACAAUCGGAAACCAAAAAAUGGACAAUCUAAAAGAGAAGAAACUGAGGACAUGAGUGACUUUCCUUCAGAAAUCACUCUUCUGUACGAAACCCAUCCCUUAGAUCCUAAUGCUGGGAAGGAAUAUGAUCACGACGACGAAGACAGCGAUGGCGAUGAAGAUGACGAACAGGUAAAUGUAUAUGAUGAAAAUUACCAGGGCACUGGUAAGGCGACGGAUCCGACCUUCAUGGGCUACUUGUGUCUUGACAUCUACGCCCGCGAGAACAAAUUCUCCCAAGCUGCUGCUCUUGAAAUCGGAGCAGCUUUCCAAUCCUUGAAGGGGAAUAGAGUUCCAGCUUAUGUGAGUGUUCUCUGUAGUGUCCCACCCGAGCUUGAAAACUCGCCUUCUUUGAUCACACCACAGCUGAUGAGCAUGCUAUUCCACGAACUUGGCCAUGGGUUCCACAUUCUUCUUUCAAAAACAAAAACUGUGAAAUACUCGGGCUCUCACGUCCCAGUGGACUUUAUCGAGUGUCCCUCUCAGGUGCUUGAGGGUUUCAUGUCUUCCCCAAAGGUGCUCAAGUCGAUCUCUCAUCACUACAAAGAUGCCAGUAAAAUCCCAGAUGAAAUGGUCGAAAACUUCAGCAGAUCGUUAAAUGUUAAUGCUGCCUCGAAUGCAUUACGUCAAUUGUAUGCCGCCAACUUCGAUAUGGAAAUCCAUAUUCCUGAGAACCAACAGGAAUUGGACGAUCUCGAUAUCAAAAGUGCUUGGAAUCUGUUAGAAAAAGAUGUCUCUUUGAUUGGAAAUGGUGACACGUGGAAUAAUGGCUUCAGUCAGUUCACACAUAUGGUUCAGGGCUACGACGCUGGGUACUACAGCUACAUUUGGUCUCUGGUCUACGCUCGUGAUAUUUUCAAAACAUUAUUUGACGGUGUCGAGAAUAUCAAGGAGAAUGGUGUGAAAUUGAGAGAUAUCGUUUUGAAGAACGGUGGUCUUGAAAAUCCAAUGGUAUACCUCACUGAGCUUUUGGGCAGGGCUCCCUCUUCGGACGCAUUUUUGGCGCUGAUUACCCAAAGAUCUUCUAUAAAUGCUUCUGGAUUUUCUUCUGGCGAUCAAGUGGUCAACACUUUUUGA